AUGAAGUUCAUAAGUAACAAGCUGGUGUUUUUUUUUGUGUUUGUGUUGAUCACUUUUUUGAUUCAAGAUGCCAAUUGCUUCAAAUCAGAACAGAUCUCAAAGAUACUCAAGAAAAAUGGUAAUCCAUCUAUUUUAAAAUUGAGUUCACGAAAUUAUAAAAAUAUAAUCUGUGAGGAUAGAGACUAUCAUUUAUUUGUUUAUUUAACUGCAACCAAUCCCCAGAUUAAUUGCGUUACAUGUUUUCAAUUCCAGCCAAUUUAUGAAAUCCUAGCUAGUUCUUAUUCAAAGGAAAAUAAUAUCAACAGCAUAAAAGACAGUCAAAAUGGGGAUGAAACACCAAUUUUUUUCGCUAUAGCAGAUUUCGGUGUCAGUCAAAAUCAAAGAGAGAUCUUUCAAAGCUACAAGAUAACCUCUGUUCCUAAAUUGUACUACUACUCACCAACAAACGUAACCAAGAAUGAUUUGAUUGCUGACGUUCACGAUGAAUAUGUUUUCAGUUUUAGCAGCAGCACUAUAGAUAAAGAUGAGGUCCUUGGUGAUUUUAGAAAUUGGAUUUAUGAAACAACAAACCAAAGAAUUAAAAUUUAUAAACCAAUAAAUUACAGCAACAUAUUUCUAACAUCGGUAAUCUCAAUUAUAAUUGUCUUCAUAUUCAAAACCUUCUACUCAACUAUAUUGAAUAAGGUGUUGUUGAAUAAAAACGUUUGGUCGUCUUUCUCAAUUCUAUUAAUCAUAUUGUUCAUCUCGGGAUACAUGUUCAACACCAUUCGAAACGUUCCAUACCUCAAAAUCGAUCCCAAUGGAGGUAGCGCUGUGGAGUACUUUGUUUCGGGCCAGCAACAGCAACUCGGUAUCGAAACACAAAUUGUGUCGAUGCUCUAUGCUGUGUUAUCGGUGUCGGUUGUGGUGUUGAUCAAGUCGGUGCCCCAGAUCUACAACGCCAAAGUCAACUAUGUGACCACGUUGUUCUUCGUCAGCUUGAUCUUGUUGCUUGCCAGCUCGUUGGUCUGCAUCUUCCACAAAAAGAGCCCGGGUUACCCCUACUAUCUCCUUCACAUCUUUGAUCUCUAG